CUUACAGUUCUGCGUGAUUAACUGUUGACAGCAUAUAAACAGUGUUCUGAACAGACACGAAUAUUUUCCUUUAAGCAACAUUUAGGAGACAGUAUAUUUUAACAUGUAAUGAUAGUUAUAUUUUCGGCGUUAUGACUACGCUGAAUGGAUUUACCUUAUAAGGAAUACAUCGUGAUCACGCAGUGGAUGUAAACGUUGCUGCUGUUUACAUGUAACAGAAGGACCGCGUGACAAAAUGAGAGAAGUUUUCAUUCUGCUCAUUGUUGGAGUUAUCAAUAUUCUAAGAGCUGAUAAUUACAAAGAAUGUCAAGCACUGAACUUUAGUCAUGGCUCGGUCGUCUGCGCGUGCAAUUCUACAUAUUGUGACUCGGUUGGACGGGUUCAGUUGCCAGAUCCGGGUCAGUUUUUGUCGUUUGUUAGCAGUAAAGCUGGCAGCAGACUAUUGAAGAGUCAAGGCCAGUUUCAGAAGAGCAGCACAGGAGCAGCUCUCAGGAUUACUCUGAAUCCCAAUCAGAAGUAUCAGCGAAUUAAAGGAUUUGGGGGAGCCAUGACAGACGCAGCAGCUAUGAACAUCCUCUCCCUGUCCCCUGGAGCUCAGGACCAGCUGCUCGCACAGUAUUUCUCUCCAGAUGGUAUAGAGUACAGUGUCGUGAGAGUGCCUAUGGCGAGCUGUGAUUUCUCAACUCGUCUCUACACAUAUGCUGACUCUCCAGGAGACUAUGAGCUACAAAAUUUCACCCUGAGUGAAGAAGACAUUCACAUGAAGAUUCCCCUGCUGCAGCGAGCCCAGGCUCUCUCCGCUCGACCUCUAUCUCUGUUUGCCAGUGCCUGGAGCGCCCCUGCCUGGCUGAAAACCAAUGGUGCACUAAUAGGAAAAGGCUCCCUCAUUGGAAAGCCAGGAGGAAAAGAGCAUAAAACCUGGGCUCAGUACUAUAUCAGAUUUCUUGAGGAAUAUGGAAAGUAUAAUCUUUCAUUCUGGGCAUUGACUUCAGGCAACGAGCCAACCGCUGGUCGAAUGACGAAUUACAGCUUUCAGGCUUUGGGAUUUACUCCGGAGACACAACGCGACUGGAUCGCCCUGGAUCUCGGUCCAGCGCUCCAUUCCUCACCAUUUGCCAAAAUCCGCCUGAUGAUUCUGGAUGAUCAACGACUUCUCCUUCCAUACUGGGCCAAAAUUGUUCUGAGUGACGUACACGCUGCGCGCUAUGUGCAUGGUGUUGGCGUUCACUGGUACUUUGAUCAUAUCGCACCUCCUGACAUCACCCUAGGAACCACACAUCAUCUCUUCCCAGAGUAUUUCCUGUUCGCAACAGAGGCGUGUUCUGGAUGGAAUCCGGCGGAUCGGGGUGUGCGUUUAGGCAGCUGGGACAGAGCAGAGGACUAUGCACAUGACAUCAUACAGGACCUGAAUAACUAUGUAACAGGCUGGACAGACUGGAACUUGGCACUUGAUCAGGGUGGUGGGCCAAACUGGGUGAAGAACUUUGUGGACAGCCCUAUCAUUGUGGACCCGAGUAAAGACAUCUUCUACAAGCAGCCCACCUUCUACAGCAUGGCCCAUUUCAGCAAGUUCCUGUGGGAGGGGUCACAGAGAGUGGGCGUGUCCAUUAGUAAGAGCACUGUCCUGGAACUUUCGAGUUUUAUCAGACCUGAUGGUUCAGCCGUGUUGAUCAUUCUCAACAGGUCGGAAGAGGAGGUACAGUUUGAGGUUUGGGAUCAAACGCUGGGCUUUUUGACAUCAACCGCCCCAUCUCACUCCAUCCUCACUUUGCUUUGGAGCAGACGCUGAAUGCAACCCAAUACUGGGUUAAUUGCUUAUACAUGGACCAUAAAGAGUAACUCUGCCAAAUCAUUUCAGUUGUUCUUUAAAACGCUAACAUUUUAAAUGACUGUAUGAUUACAGCAGGCACUGUUAACAUAUGCUAACAUAUGACACUCAAAUGAUCAAUUGUAGCAAUUAUUGUAAUUUAUGGAUGAAGAUAAUUAUUUAAAUUUUGUUUUAACAAAUUGUUGAUGUUUUAAAAAGUGACGAUAAUUCAUGAGCUACAUUGCACUGACGCUAUGCACAAUUCACCUUGAGCAAUAAAAACAACAAAGAUG